GGUAUUUGGGGGGGAAUUGGCUGGGAGGAGGACCACGGACCUGAUCGCAGAAGAAGAAGAAGAAGAAGAAGAAGAAGCAGCAUCAUCGGAAGAAGAAGAAGAAGAAGAAGCAUCCUCCGCUGCUUAGUCAUCCCACAGAGCCGCUCAGGAUUCCAGGCAUUUUCCGCAAAAUCCUCCUCUGGCCUGAGAGACUCACCAGCCCGACGCCAUGAACUACCUCCGCCGCCGCCUGUCAGACAGCAGCUUCGUGGCCAACCUCCCCAACGGCUACAUGAUGGACCUGCAGAGGCCGACCCCUCCGGGCUCCUCCACCUCCUCCACGUCCUCCCCCGCCUCCCCGGCCACAGAGAGGCGGCAGCCCCCGAGCGCCCCGCCGCCGGCCUCCAACGCGGCCUCCAACGCGGCCUCCAACGCGGCCUCCAACGCGGCCUCCAACGCGGCCCCCAAACCGGCCCCGGGCGCCGCCCCCAGCGCCGCUUCGGCUGCGGGCGCGGGGGGGUUCCUCAGCUCCUUCUCCAGCGUGGUGAAGAGCGCUCAGAUGGCCCAGAACGUCGCCGCCGCCGCACACGCCAGGUCGGCGGCCGCGGCGGCCGAAGGAGGGGGUCAGCCCCCGAAACCUGUCGUACGCAAGCCCAAGAUCCUGCUGGUCAUCGACGACCAGCACACAGACUGGGCGAAGUUUUUUCGAGGGAAGAAACUUAACGGAGAAUAUGAGAUCCGGGUGGAGCAGGCGGAGUUCUCGGAGAUCAACCUGGCCUCCUACGUCAACUCGGGAUGUAUGGUGGACAUGCAGGUGAACAAAGGUGGCACCAGAGUGGUCAGGUCCUUCAAGCCGGACUUCGUCCUGGUUCGCCAGCACGCCUACAGCAUGGUCCCCGGGGAGGAUUUCCGGAACCUGGUGAUCGGCCUGCACUUCGGCGGCGUCCCGGGCAGCAACUCUCUCUUCUCCAUCUACAACUUCUGCAGCAAACCGUGGGUGUUUUCUCAGAUGAUAAAGCUGUACCACUCCCUCGGCCCGGAGAAGUUCCCCCUGAACGAACAGACCUUCUAUCCCAACCACACGCAGAUGGUUACAAGCCCUUCCUACCCUGUGGUCAUCAAGAUGGGGCAUGCUCACGCCGGCAUGGGGAAGAUCAAAGUAGAAAACCAACAGGACUUCCAGGACAUCACUAGCGUGGUGGCUCUGGCUGGGACCUACGCCACCACCGAGCCCUACGUCCGGUCCAAGUACGAUAUCCGCAUCCAGAAGAUCGGCAACAACUACAAGGCGUACAUGAGAACGUCCAUCUCCGGGAACUGGAAGGCAAACACAGGCUCUGCCAUGUUGGAACAGAUCGCAAUGACAGACAGAUAUCGGCUGUGGGUGGACUCCUGCGCAGAGAUGUUUGGUGGCCUAGACAUCUGUGCGGUGAAGGCCGUCCACGGAAAAGACGGCAACGACUAUAUCAUCGAGGUGAUGGACAGCUCCAUGCCACUGAUCGGUGAGCACGUGCAGGAGGAUAAGCAGCUGAUCACCGAGCUGGUCAUCAAUAAGAUGACCCAGGUGCUGCUGGGAGUGUCCACACCUCAGCCCUCCUCUGUCAAGACUGCGCAGCCCAGGCGAGCAGGGGGACACCACUCCGCCUGCGCCUCUCCAUCUCAGUCGGCCCAGGGUUCCCCUCAGCGAGCCCGAUCAGCCUCCACCUCACCCAGCCAGGCCUUCCAGCCCGGCCCCAUGCCGCCCGCCGCCGGGCCCGGAGCACCGAAAGCGUCGCCUCAGCUGAACAAGUCCCAGUCGCUGACCAACACCUUCACGGAGACGUUGCGAGGGAACGUGACCGACGAUGAGGCCAAAGCUGAGACCAUCCGCAGCCUCCGACAGUCCUUCGCCAGCCUCUUCUCCGACUAAAGGCCUCGCCGGGGGGCUUCCUCCUUCCGGCUGUUGUCAGGUUUGAAAAAACAAAAAAAACCUGACUGGUUAAUCUGUUGCGGAGUCUCCCUCGCUCCUCAGAGCCCUUCCUGUUGCUUCUUUUUCCUUUUUCACUGUUUGUGUAUUUUAACACCUGGUGCAAUGCUCUCUCACCAGAUCAAUGAUUGAUCCAUCACUAGAAAGGCCAAUAGAUGAGAGCUGCGCCGUGGACUGAGGAUGUCAAACUUUAAAUGGACUUGUUUGACCUCCUGACGGCCGGGGGAAAUUUAGUAGAGUAGAGAAAUACAACUUUGACUCAGACUGAUGAUUGUGUCUGUUUUACCUUUGCUGUUCCUGCCAGUUAGGACUCAGUUAGUUUAACAGCAUUGAUAAAAACAUUGGAAGUUAAAUCAGCAGACCUUGGUGGGUUGGCCUUUCUAGUGGUAGAUUAUUAUAAUAAAUAAUCAUCUUGGUAUAUAGUCGUUGUUCUGCAUUCUGUUUGUCAAUUUGUGAAACUGUUCAUUAUUGGGUUCUUCCUUAUUAAUUAAAAAAAAGAAUAAAUAUAUAUAUAUUCAUCCACAGCAUCCAAAUUGUUUAAAGAUGUCUAAGGAAAUAUUCUAAUUUGUAGCUGUCUGCUCAUGAAUAAUGUACUGAAUCCUCACGGUUCACCAGCGAUUUUAAGCCGCAUUUCUCAUGUUUUCCAUGUGCCAUCGGCCCAUAUUGGCUUAGGCAGUGACUCCUCUAACCAACACUACCAAAGUGCUUUUUUAUGAAAACACAACAACCAUCCCCCCCCCCCUCUUCUUGCGCUGCAGUGGGUGAAGAACAGAAUCACACAGCAAAGCAACCUUUGAGCUUGUGAUUUCACAAAGCGCAAAAGGUGCCAGCGCUGUGCUGGCUUACAGCCAUUGUCUUCCAUCACAGCUCAGAUCUUCCCCUGUAGUUCUUCUGAGUGUUCGGUGUUGGCUCUCUGUGGGGUACGUCUCUGUGUCUAAAGGUGAACAGUGAGGAUGUAUUAUGGGACUUUUAUUGUGCUUGAAUUUCUACUGAGAUGGAAAGGAGAUUUGCUCAUGUCACAUCACACCUUUAUUCUCUCAGUCAAUGUUGUCAUCAUUGUUUUUUUGUCUUGGCCAUCUGCAUUGGUAGGUACCAAAACAGACUUCUUCUUUCAUCACACUUUGGAAUUGCAUGUAAAUGUUAAGUAAAUGUCAUACGUACAGUAGAAUCAAAUUGUUAUUUUCUAAGGCUGUGAACUCAUUUGUUCUACAAAGACAGCUAAAGUAAUGGUCACGCUUUAUUUAAUGGGUGCUGCGGUAUCUUCAUAAUUUCCCAUGAAUAUAAAUAUAAAAUAUACACUAUGUUGACUUUAUGUAUUUGAUGGUAAAUAAUUUUAGGCUGUGGCUUUAUUUGACAGUGUACAAUUUAGUGUGAAGAUUUUCCCUAAAAUCAGCACUGAAUUAAGGUCUAUUUAAGGAAAAUGCAAAUUUCAAGGAAAUAAUUAAGAACAAGGUCAAAUAAAUUGUCAACAAGUUUUUUUCUAUCUUCCAAAAAAGAGAUGGACGGUAUAAUUGUCUUUCCCUGCAGAUCACAUUCUUUCCUCAGUUUGGCAGAACGGCUCAAUAGUCUAUACACUCUGUCUGUGCUGCAAACUGAAUACGUUUAUUAUGUUUUUCAUUCAGAAAGAAUUGGAGUAAAAACAUAGUUAUAAUACAAAUUCCCUGGUGAUUUGGACACCUGUGCGAAGUGUGCGUUUGCUGAUAAUAAGAUUGAUUUUUAAUUAUAAUUCCCCCCAUUUUGAGGUAAAUCUCAUUCAAGUGCAUGAAGCUGUAUAAAUAUAAAAGUGUUGUGAAAGGGUGCACAUGUGUGUGACGUUCAAGUUGUAAAUGUAUGAUUAAUAAUGAUUCAACCACAAAAAAGAACUGCCAUUAUUUGCAAUUAUUACGUUGAUCAUAAGAUAACUGAUUAUUUGAUUUUAAACUAUGAAUCUUCUCUCUUUAAGAGAGGCCCUUUUUUUUACCAAGAUUUCACUUGAUACUUUGCUAGUCUCACUGGAGGAAAGAUGAAUAACUAAUAUUAUUUGUUCGUUGAGCUAAAAAUAUGUGCUACUAUGGUGUGACUGACUAUGUGCGCAAAAUACACACAAUGGUGCGCUUAACUAAAAAACGUAUAAAGCAAUGAUAUGAAAAAAAGUGUGCUUCUGCAAACAGUUAAAAUAAUGUUAUUGGUUGCAUUUUUUCAUUAGUGGCUGGAGCCACAAAUCACAGUUGUUAGGCUAAUGGUUUGUUUGCUAAGCCCCGCCUUUUUAGUUACUGUUGCUGCUAGGUGCGGAAAAUCGCGCAAGACUCGCUGCCCGGCGACAUAUCUUAAUUUUAACCCUUCGAUGUCAAUGCCUUAUCUCAAAGGUGCAAUAAAUACAAUUCAGACACGCGAGCGACUAAAACCGUUGCAAACCGAUUCAACACUUAAUGCUAUAAAAUGACGUUCAAUAUGCACUUGAUGGCUACAUGCUUGAUAUUGUGCCAAAAAUUCUCUAGUGUCUCAAUAGUAAAGCCUUUAAAAUGGCUUUUUGUCUAUGUUGGCAGGGCUUUAUUCCCCCGAUCUAACAUAAAGUAUAGACAUACGCUAAGGUUAGCCUUCACCUUAUGUAGCUAUGCAGAGCUAGCUUCACCCAGGGCAGAAGGGAACAUUGUGCAUGUUUAGGCCGUUGCUCUGGGCCGGGUUACGGUUGCUGAGAUCCAACGCUGUUCAGUGGAGGCGUUUGGAGGAUGGUCGCCAGACUUCCAAAAUCAGGAAGUCUGUGCUGGAAAUAUUUUCCUUUAUUGUUAUUAGGUUUUAAUACACUGUGGUUCUUAAGCGCGCUCCAACCGUUCUCUGUGGGGAUGUUUUGAGUCAUUUCUAGCUCUGAGUGUCUUGUUAUUGAGCACUUGUGCAAGCCUUUCAUCACCUUUGGCAUCGUGUCAAAAUGGUCCAAAUUUGUUUUUUAACAUUGCGAGACCCGCUUGAAGGUGUAAAUCCCAUAGUUUUGUCUUUAUUGUAAAGACACCUACCACUUAGUAUAUAAUACUGCAGUGUAAUAAGCCAUAUAUAAACCUUAAGGAUUUACUAUCCCUUCAAUGCGACGCAAUAAUGGCUAUGACGUCACCAAUAUAUUGAUUUAAAACACUGUGUCCAUUUACUUUAAAGACAUUAGCAGGCCUGUCCUGCCCUUUUCGAGUCAGUAACUCAAAUAAAUAAAGCAUAUCACGGAGCUUAGGUGUGUUUUGCCAGUACUUCUCUCAGGAUGACAGAUACGCUUUGAUGUCCCCAGUGCAGAUUUGCUUUUUAUUUCAGCGGUUGCCAUAUUAAGUCUCUGUAAAUUAUAUCAAACAAACCCUAAUGCUUUGGAUUUGACUCUAUUGGAACUGAGCUGAGAAGGCGAUGAGUAACUACCUCAAGUUCAGCAGUGCUCUGCAGAAACUGACUCUAGCGUGGUAGUACCGGAAAACCUUUUGUGAAAUGAGACCCCCGUAUUAGUGCGGAAAGGGACCCGUCAGAGGAGAGGGAUUAGUUUGUGAAAAGUGACGUCAAGCUGAGGCAGAUGGCAGUGAUUUCCUGCAACAUUUAGGCAUAGUCUGCAGGAUGGAGACUAUGAAUGCCUUCCAUGUAACAACUAGCACAUUAUCACCCCCCCCCCAAAUUUGAAGGUCUUUUUAAGUUAUUUUAUUAAAUAGUAGGCAUUCGACAGUUGCGUAUAUUCACAACAGGUAAAUCUGGCCUUUUAUACCGGUUUUUGUUUUGUUCUGCUGUGGACAUCAGAGCAACAAGUCUGAAGGGAAUUCUCCCAUCAAUAAGACAAUGAAGCUCAUUUCUACCCGGCCUCCUGAUGCUUUUAACACCGGAAACCUUCUCUAUCGAUUGAUGUGCUCACACAUGCCGUAUCCCUGUUCUUUUUUACAGUGGGCUCUCAUUUCACAAAAUUUCAAAAGUGGCUUCACUUAGCCCCAUCUUUCUUAUUUUCAAAUAUCAGUUCCAAUUGAUGUGAAACUUUUGGAUCAGGGCAAUUUUCUGCUAUGUUUACCUUUUUUUUCUUGAGGUGGUUGAGUGAGGAGCUCAGCUUCCGGGGUGUUGAACUGAUUCCUAACAGUUGAACCAUGCAGCCACAGAGACCUGCCAUUGAGCCGGCCACUUCAAAUGUGGUGUUUCUAAAUGAGAGGCAAAAUAUCAUAGCACUGGUUUGGUUGCGGAUCUUUCAGUCCACUGUUCCCCCUCCUCUUUGCUGAAUGGUGGAUGGUGUUGUAUGGUAUUUUAAGUGUAUUAACGUUCUGUAAAUGUGGCAUGAAAAUCAACCCCCUCUUGUGUGCCUCGGGUGCGUCAACUCGGUCGUCAAGUGAUCUUAAUGUCUGGCUGCUUAUUUGUGAGACGUGCGUUGCAUCUCAUGUAUUCCUGUAAUUUAUAUAUAGUAUUGAGACAAUUUUGUUCCCUGUAUAUUUUGUUCUUUUGUCUGAAAACCAAGAUUUCUGUUAUUAAAGGUACCAACUUUUAUUAUA